AUGCAAAAGUCUUGUGAAGAAAAUGAAGGAGAACCACAGAACAUGCCAACGACCCAGGAAGACCACCCUUCAGAAGAGGUACCACAGGAGGCAGAAGGCUUAGGGGAAAAAAUAAGAGUAAGAAACAAGUUGGUGGUGAUGCAUUUGAAGCAAAGACAUUCACAGAACAAUCCUUAUCCUGAGUGCUUUAAGGACGUCUCUUAUACCAGUGUUACUGCCCUGCCUUCCAAAGGCCUGGAGCACCUCAAGGAGCUGAUAGCAAGAAAUACUUGGACCCUAAAGAAACUUCCAAUUUCCUUGAGUUUCCUCCACCUCACACGGGCUGACCUUUCUUAUCCGAGCCACUGCUGUGCUUUUAAGAAUCAGAAGAAAAUCAGAGGAAUCCUUGACUCCUUAAUGUGUAAUGACAGCAGUAUUCGGAGCCUGCGGCAGAGAAGGUCUGUGAAUGCUUUGAAUGGCCCCUUCUACCAGGAAUAUGAAGAGGAUCCAGGUGACCACAGUGCUGGGUACAGGGAAAACAAGUUCCAGGAUACCCACUCUCAUUAUUAUGUCUUCUUUGAAGAGCAAGAAGAUGAGAUCAUUGGGUUUGGCCAGAAGCUCAAAAACCCACAGGAAGAGACACUACAGGCCUUUGAUAACCAUUAUGACUACAUAGUGUGUGGGGGCAAUGAAGACAUGGUGUGUACCCCCAAGUCAGAUGAUUUCAACCCCUGUGAAGACAUAAUGGGCUACAAAUUCCUGAGAAUCGUGGUGUGGUUUGUUAGUCUGCUGGCUCUCUUGGGCAAUGUCUUCGUCCUGGUCAUCCUCCUCACCAGCCACUACAAACUGACCGUCCCGCGCUUUCUCAUGUGCAACUUGGCCUUUGCAGAUUUCUGCAUGGGGAUGUACCUACUCCUCAUUGCCUCCGUAGACCUCUACACUCAUUCUGAGUACUACAACCACGCCAUCGACUGGCAGACAGGCCCCGGCUGCAACACGGCUGGUUUCUUCACCGUCUUUGCUAGUGAGUUGUCAGUGUAUACACUGACGGUCAUCACCCUGGAGCGCUGGUAUGCCAUCACCUUCGCCAUGCGCCUGGACCGAAAAAUCCGACUCCGGCAUGCAUAUGCCAUCAUGGUUGGGGGCUGGGUUUGCUGCUUCCUGCUCGCCCUGCUCCCUUUGGUGGGAAUAAGCAGCUAUGCCAAAGUUAGCAUCUGCCUGCCCAUGGACACCGAGACCCCUCUUGCCCUGGCAUAUAUUAUCCUUGUCCUGUUGCUCAACAUAGUUGCCUUUAUCAUCGUUUGCUUCUGUUACGUGAAGAUCUACAUCACAGUCCGAAAUCCCCAGUACAACCCAGGGGACAAAGACACCAAAAUUGCCAAAAGGAUGGCUGUCUUGAUCUUCACUGACUUUAUGUGCAUGGCCCCCAUCUCAUUUUAUGCUCUGUCAGCUCUUAUGAACAAGCCUCUUAUCACAGUUACCAACUCCAAAAUCUUACUGGUUCUCUUUUAUCCACUUAACUCAUGUGCCAAUCCAUUCCUCUAUGCCAUUUUCACCAAGACCUUCCAGCGGGACGUAUUUAUCCUACUCAGUAAGUGUGGCAUCUUUAAACGUCAGGCUCAGGCAUACCGGGGCCAGAGGGUUUCUCCAAAGAACAGGACUGAUAUUCAGGUCCAAAAGAUCACCCAAGACACGAGGCAAAGUCUCCCCAACAUACAGGAGGACUAUGAACUGCUUGAAAAGUCCCAUCUAACUGCAAAUAAGCAGGGCCAAAUCUCAAAAGAGUAUAAGCAAACAGUUUUGUAA